AACCAAACACCAGCUGUAGCUGCUCAUAGAGUAUUUACAAGCAGUCCGUCUCCAUCUGUUCACACCCAGUUUAAUGGAUAACAAGAGCCUACCGCUUCUGAAUAUUGAUGGUUCACUCUGAUGAAUUAGCGCUUAUUGAUGCCGCGGUGCUUCGAGGAAAAAGCAAUCAUGUGUUGAGAUCUGUGCGUCAUCGGGACCCCCGGCGGCGGCGGCGUGUACGGCUUCUCCGUCGAGUCUCAGACCGGGAGGGAGCGGGUCAGUCGGUGCACUUAACGAUCAACGAUCAGCGCGUUAAUUGAACCCCGUCGACCGACCCAUCCGUUGGCGACCGGAGCGCCUCAACCUGGAUGACCUCCGGUUUGACGGAGGGAGCAGCGCCGGAGGAGAUGCGCAUAUCUGCAGGUACUCUAGCGCGGUCGUAAAACGGGAGUCCGGAGCAAGUCAGCCAACAUUAAAGCGAUGCCAGGGGUAACCAAGUACAAUUUAGUGGAUGACGCGCACGAUUUGAGGAUCCCCAUGCACAACGACGAGGUGUUUAAGCAUGGGGUCUGCUUCGAGGCAAAGUACAUUGGCAGUUCAGAGGUCGGUCGCCCCAGCAGCCGAAUGGAGAUAGUCGCUGCAAUGAGGAGAAUCAGAUAUGAAUUCAAACUGAAGAACAUAAAGAAAAAGAAGGUCAACAUUGUCAUAUCUACUGAUUGUGUCCAAGUGAUUUUGCGCAAAAAGAGGAAGAGAAAAGGAUGGUCAUGGGACGAUAAUACGAUCUUAGUGACACAGGAUCCCAUCUACAGGAUCUUCUAUGUCUCACAUGAUGCCCAAGACUUGAAGAUCUUCAGUUACAUAGCGAGAGAAGGACAGAGCAACAUUUUCCGCUGCAAUGUGUUCAAGUCAAAGAGGAAAUCGCAGGCCAUGAGGAUCGUGCGGACGGUGGGGCAGGCGUUCGAUGUGUGUCACCAGCUGACCCUGCAGCAGAAAAGCGAUGACCAGGAGGAUGAGGAGGGGAAGGUGGAGGAAUCCGAGGCAGUGCCAGUAAAGAAGAGGUUUGCAUUGUCAGAAGAGACCGACCUUGAAGCCACUACAGAGGAGAGCAUUGAGUGCGUCUCCUCAUCCGACCUGGAGAAGAGCAAAAAGGACGAGGCCCUCGGUAACAAUGAGAAGGUGUCCGAUGACCCGUCUCUCCUGCUGGGCUCCCCCAUCCUUGGGGCCUCUGUGUCGGGUCAGUCGGCAGAAGAGGCUCCCUGCUCUGCAGAGCCCCAGGUCCUGCUCCUCCAGAAACAACUGCAGCAGCAGGAACAACAGAAACUGGCCGCUUCAGAGCAGGUCCAUGUCCUCCAGGAGCAGCUGUCGGUGGAGGUGUGUACGCGGACUGAAACUCAGGCCAGAGUGCAGAGGCUGCUGCAGCAGAACACCGACCUGCUGCAACACAUUUCCCUGCUGGUGAAACAGAUCCAGGAACUGGAGCUUAAAGCUGCCGGCCAAUUAACAUCUAUGGGCUCCCAGGACAGUCUUCUGGAGAUCACUUUCCGCCCCAAGCCCCCCAGCUCUUCUUCAUCUACGGGCCCUUUUGCAGCUCAAUCCCAGGUCCAGAUCAGUGACAGUCCCUGGGUCUCCGCCCUCCUCGGGCCCUGCUCUCCAGGCACCUUGGGCACCGACACCAGCCCUCUGGGGCUCAGCAGCAGUGGAGUUCGGCUCGAGUGCUUCCGCUUCUCCUCCCGGGGGCCGGACAUCCAGGAGCAGGGCCAGGACACAGGGGAGACUCCCAGUGACGGGGCCCCGGAUGAGAGCUCGCUGCUCGGGGAGCAGGUCUUGGGAGCCCUGGAGCUGCUCCGGUUUAGGGAGUCGGGGAUCGGAUCGGAGUACGAAUCGAACACAGAUGAGAGCGAUGACCGGGACAGCUGGGGCCAGGGGGAGGGAGCGGGCUCUGACGGUGCAGCUCGACUCUUAAACGUGCUGAACACAGAGUGUCUGGCGGACUGCUUAGGGGAUGAGGUGGCUGUGUAGUGGUGGUGCUCUUGAAGCUGCACAUUGCACCGGCCCAAUGGGAAACAGCUGAAAUUCAGAAUCUGAAGGACUUCAUCAGACAGAAAUCCUGUAUUGUGACACCAGUAAACUGCAUCAUCAACUGACUCACUCACCUCCUGUUUUGAUUUCCUGUGCACUGAGAAAAAAAAGUCCCACUCAUAUGAGCUGAGGGAGAUUGGAUAAAAGAAACAGAGAUUCAGAAAGUAUAACUGAAUGGAUAUAUUUGAUCCUAUAAUGUUUAAGUUCACUUUAUUGUGGCUCCACCCCCC